GCACUGGAGCCGCAACAAGCCCCCCGCGCAACAAGCCCCCCGCGCAACAAGCCCCCCGCGCAACAAGCCCCCCGCGCAACAAGCCCCCCGCGCAACAAGCCCCCCGCGCAACAAGCCCCCGCGCAACAAGCCCCCCGCGCAACAAGCCCCCCGCGCAACAAGCCCCCCGCGAACAAGCCCCCCGCGCAACAAGCCCCCCGCGCAACAAGCCCCCCGCGCAACAAGCCCCCCGCGCAACAAGCCCCCCGCGCAACAAGCCCCCGCGCAACAAGCCCCCGCGCAACAAGCCCCCCGCGCAACAAGCCCCCCGCGCAACAAGCCCCCCGCGCAACAAGCCCCCCGCGAACAAGCCCCCGCGCAACAAGCCCCCCGCGCAACAAGCCCCCCGCGCAACAAGCCCCCCGCGCAACAAGCCCCCGCGCAACAAGCCCCCGCGCAACAAGCCCCCCGCGCAACAAGCCCCCCCGCGCAACAAGCCCCCCCGCGAACAAGCCCCCCGCGAACCAAGCCCCCGCGCAACAAGCCCCCCGCGCAACAAGCCCCCCGCGCAACAAGCCCCCCGCGCAACAAGCCCCCCGCGCAACAAGCCCCCCGCGCAACAAGCCCCCCGCGAACAAGCCCCCCGCGCAACAAGCCCCCCGCGCAACAAGGCCCCCGCGGCCGCGCCGUCCCUGCAGUCACAGCGCUCACACCGCUACCUCCGGUGGAUUCACCACACC